AUGGCUUCUAACGGGACGGAAGCCACGAGCGAGUCUCCAGCUGAGACUACGUGGACGCAAGAGUCGCAAGCUGCUGGCUGGUGGACAGGCUGGCAAGAUUCGGCGAAUGAUUGGUGGGCUUGGCAACGCCCGCAGUGGAACUCCUAUGCAGGAGGCAGUUGGGCGGCUUAUGGCGGCAAUGGCUGGAGCAGCCAAUGGGGACCAUCGUGGUCCGGCGAUCAGUGGCGAGCAAAGCAGUGGAAUGAUACUUCUGAAGCCUGGAAGCAAGGGCCUCAGCCAUCUUCCACGAGGAACGCCGAAGCGGCGAACGAAGCAGGAGACGACGCGGAUGCAGGCCGGAGACAGUCUGCAUCUACGAUGGCGAUGGAGGAAGAUCCCUGGCUGGGCGAAGGCACAGGCUCGCUUGACGAUGGGUCGUCGAGCAAAGCAACUUCGUCAAAAGCUAGUGGCAAAGACUUCAUUCCGGAGUACGACGGCACAGGACCGAUGAGGGAGUACCAGCGGCGAGUCAAACUGUUUGAGAUUAGUACGGGUAUAGAUCCAAGUUUUAGGGCUCAGAAGCUGAUGGAGAAGUUGACGGGUAACGCUUGGUUGGCUACUGAGUCGAUUCCCUUGGAGUCACUCAAACAUCCGGACGGUGUGACUCGCUUGCUGGAUCACUUGUGGAAAGAGCUGGAGCCGCUUGAGUUCUUGAGAACGUUUCAGACUCUGGCAGACUUCUACAAGGGCUUUCGCCGCACUCGGGGACAAGAGUUUGUCGCCUAUGACAUGGAGUUUCGGCGGCAUGGACAGAGGCUUGAGGAAAUCCAGGCUGGACUCAGUGGGGUCACGAAGGCUUACUGGUUUCUGGAGAAGGCCGGGCUUUCCCCAGAGCUUAGGAAGCAGGUGGUGGCAGCUGCGGGAGGACAGUAUGAUUACAACAAGCUACGGGCCGCUGUCAUGGCGAUUGUCCCUCAGGUGAACAAGGAGGAGGAGAGUUCAGCGGGUGGCAGUGCCAAUCCAGGCAGACAGUGGAGAAAAGCCCCCGCGAAGGUUCACGCCACCGUCGAAGAUGAGAACAUCGGGACAGGGGAAACCGAGGAAGACAAUGAUGAUAUGAUCCCCGAGGCAUUGGAGGAGGAACUUCAGUGUUUGCUUACGCAGGCAGCUAAGAAAAGAGCUCAGGUGGAAAAAGCGAGGGGUUUCUCGAGCACGGCAAGCAGAAAGAAUGAGACGCCAGAGGCCAGAGCCAAGAGGAUUGCCGAGCUGAAACAGCGCAUGCCUUGCAGCGCGUGCAAAUCGCACGGCCGUACAAGCUACGGCCACUGGCACAGCGAUCCGGAGUGCCCCUUCCGAUCGCAGAAGCCUCCGAAGACUGGUGAAAGCGUCUUAGCCGUGGUCGAAGAGGAGCUCUCGGAUUCCGAUGGAUAUGGACCUCUGGAGGCCAGCAUUUUCAUGACUGAUGCUAGGGAUGUGAGUCUGAGCGAGCCAUUCUGGUGCGCAAGCGCGAUCACGGCGCCAGAAGCGGGCAAAGGUGAGCGCUUCCUGGCAUUGUCUGACACAUGCUGCGCCAGGUCAGUUGCCGGUUUGGUGUGGGCCCAGGAUCACAUUAAGCAUCUACAUCAGAGUGGGAUUGAUGCUUACAUUGUGAAUGAGGCCAGGCCUUUCCGUUUUGGAGCUGGACCACGGAUUUCGUCGGAGUUUAGCAUGGUGAUUCCGUUGAGAGUUCAGGGGGCCGAGUGCACACCAUGGGUGCGAAUCAGUGUCGUGGAUCAAGAGGUCCCACUCCUCUUGAGUAAGAGCGCGCUCAAAGCCUUGGGAGCUCGAUUGGAUUUGGGACAGGCCCAGGUGGAGUUCACCGUCCUUGGAACCACUACCCCUCUGAUAGAGACACCGACUGGUUUGUGCGGGUUCCUUAUCAACCACCCUGAAUACCUCAACUCCGGACCAGGUUUGGAGAGUUUGCCUCCUCGAGAGAUGCUGGAAGGUGAAUUGGAGGUUUGUGUCGACCCACGAUCAAAUGACCAGGGCGAGGUAGGACACCAUGAAUCGGUGAAUGUUGCCAAAGAGGGUGGAGGCAUGCCGGACGGAGAAUACAUGGCCUGUGAACGCUUGGCCAAGGAGCUUCUCAGGGUCGAGGAUUUUUCAUACGAUGCUUUGCAGAGUGUGGUUGAACUUCUACCAUGUAUCAAUCCCAAACAUCAAAGAGCUAUCAACGUGCCUAACGGACGCAUGGCAGGCAUCAUGGCAGGUGCAUGGGCUCACGGGAAGUUCAGUGGAGUGGCAAAAUCUGCUGAGAGAUUUCCUGUGACCAUUCGUUACAUCAAUGAAGCCAUGAAGAGCAGGGUCCAGGCUCCUUGGACCUCCUUCGUCGUGAUGAAGAACAUCAAGACCGCCAUCCACAAGGAUAACCACAACAGGACUGAUAGUGCCACAGUCACCGUAUCCUUUGGAGAUUUCAAGGGUGGAGAGUUGUGGGUGGCAGCAGAGAGUUCUGAAUCAGGCGAUAAGCCGGCGUAUCGAAAAGGGCCUGCAGGCAAGAGGAUUGCUGGCACGAUUAUCGACACGAGGCACAAGCCGUAUAUGCUGUCGCCUAAGGUGACCGAGAUCAUCCCCAUGGCGGCGAAGUUCACAGCACCGCGUCGCAAGGACGAGUUCGUGAAUGCUAUCAAUGCGCGGACCAACCUCAGCACAGCAGAGCUGCGGCAGCACGACAUGGAGAGGCUGAAGAAGAUUUGGAUGCUGGUUCGACCGAAGAAGCCCCAGUCGCCAUUGCCGACGGGAUGGAAAAAGAUGGACGUCGAGUCGCUCAAGCAGAUCUACGACGAGCAUGUUCGCCCAGAUCUGGAACGACCCCGGGAUCGACACUGGAUUCGUUGGAAUCGGCCUCAGUUGGUCAUGGAGAUUUCUAUGUGGGAGACGGAGGUGAUGGAGGGGGCCGAGCCCGAAGAGCUCUUCCACGACACUCCUCUGUGUUCUCGCUGCAAGAUACCUAUGUGUGUCCGGACCAACAGGGUCACGAAGACAGACUUCCUGGGAUGUGUUCGGUUCCCAAUGUGCAAGGAAACGCUUCCGCUUCAGUACAAUGGAAUGCCGACCAAGACGGUCAUCGAGCAGCUCGACGAGAAGGACAACAAGAAGGACAAGAAGGGCUAUCCGGAGCCCAAGAGAGGGAUAAUCGGCCAUCGUCGUCCCCCUCCUUCGUUGAGCGAGCAUCGAGGCGUGUCCUCCGAUGGGUCCUGGGCGAUGACGGGGGCUCAGCCGGUGGACGAGACGGAGGCGGAAGAGUCCGCUCCCUUGAUCAAUGCCAACCUGACGCCCGAGGAGCUCGAGGUGAUCGCGGAACUUCGGAAGGCCAGAGCGAGUGAGUCAGCCAUUUCUGGUGAAAACGGGAGUCAAGCCGAUGAGAUUUGUAAUGACUCAGAUGGAGAUGAGUUGAUCGAAGACGCUCCAAUGGGCGAUGCCGAUGCUCCGAUGAGAACUGGUCUGGCGCACGACGGGAUCAGCUUCGACAUUCCGGCUGGGAGGCUUUUGACAGGGCAUGGGCCAAGUGGGCCGGACCUCCUAUGCGGGACAGUCAUCAGACAGACUGGAGCGAAGGGCAGAGAGGAUAUGAAGUUGGUUGCGAGAGAGGAUCUUACGCGCCAGCAGGACCCCACUGAGGAGCCUAUGGAGGUGGAGCAGCAACCGUUAGUCCAGGAAGUGGCUAGGGAGGUUGGUGAUGUUGAGGAGGGCAUUACCCAACUUCCUCGGGAUCUUGUUCCUUUGGUGGGUAAGCUUGGAUGGCAUGUGGAUGGACAAGGCAACCCGACUCUGGUGAGCUAUCAGUCGUGGGCCUAUCGGACCCCCGAGGAGAGAUAUGAGCCUCAUCGUUUCCCGUAUCGUACUACGUGGGCUAGACAUGAUGGCGAGUGGAUUUGUCUUGAGAAGGAAGUGAAAUGGAUGGAGUUGGAUAACCCCCACGAGUAUCUUCCCAAUGCCCCACUUGAGAUUCUCAUCACUAGUUUCCAAGGAAGGACGAGGAAGGAGGUUUGUUUGGAGGAUGUCCCCGCGGCCAUAAAGAGGAGGAAGGCUGAUGCCCAGGUCCACACCGUUCAACAUGGGAAGGUUUUGGGGAAGAAUAAACUGAAGAAGAUGAUGGAGAAAGAAAUCCCCUAUGAGAAGAUACCCGAGAGUCAGAGAGGUUUGUACAAGGAGGCGGAAGAGAAGGAGUGGGCUAGUUGGCGACAGUAUGAGAGCUGUGAGGUCUUGAGUGAGGAAGAGAGUAGAAGAGUGGAGAAAGAGAGUCCGAAACGUAUAUUGCCAAGUAGGUUUGUCUAUCGUAACAAACAUGCGGGCCUCGUCGAUGACAAGGGUAACGCCUUGCCGGUUCGGGCUAAGGCUAGACUUUGCCUGCAGGGCCACCUCUGCCCUGAUUCGAGAACAGGCCUUGUCCAAGUGGACAGCCCUACAGUUGAGAGAGUCUCCACUAUGAUAUUCCUUCAUAUGGCUAUCUCGUAUGGGUGGCUCCAACAUUGGCAUGUCGGUGACAUUUCGAACGCGUUCCUCCAAGGUGCCCCUCUCAAAGAUAAGGAACCUAUGUUCAUGCGUCCACCCAAACAGGGAUUGGCAGGCGUGAAAUCGAAUCAGUUGCUUCGCCUGCUCAAACCCGUCUACGGACGGCCAGACGCGCCUAGGGCGUGGUACGAAGAGCUCGCUAAGGUCUUGACCCAGGAACUUGGUUUUACCAAAUCACAUAUUGACCCUGCACUUUUCAUGUUGAGAGAUUCCGAAGGAAAACUCAUUGGGUGCAUGAUCAUUCAUGUUGAUGAUCUUAUGGUUUGCCAUGACGGGUCGGAUCAUGCGAAGGAAGUGGUCAGUAGGCUGUGCAAGCAGUUCCCGUUCGGCACCUGGGAUAGGGUCCUUGAUAAACCUGAGGGUGUUACUUACUGCGGUAAAGAGAUCAAGGUUGUCGAACGGAACGGCGAGCAACAAAUCGUUUUGUCUCAGGAUGGUUUCAUAGAUGGCCGGCUUGAAGAAAUGGAAGUUAGUAGGGACAGGCGCUUGAAUCCUGAAAGCUACGCUACUGAUGAAGAGAAGGCCAACUAUAGAUCCAUUGUUGGAAGCUUGCAGUGGUUGGCUACCCAGUCAAGGCCCGACAGUUCCUUCGAAACAAAUCAGCUGCAGAAACGUAUCUCUGACCUGAGAGUGUUUGACUUGAUGCGUGCUAACAAGACUGUGAAGGAUGUCAGGGCCAAUCGCAUGCAACUUGUCUUCAAGAACUUGGGUAGGGACGCUCAGCUGAUCGUGUACACGGAUGCCGGUCUGUAUUCGAGCGUCGGUGUCGAGAUUGACGGGAGAGAGUGUGAUGACAUUUUGUUGUCGCAGAAAGAUCGCCGGUUGGUGUACUCUCAGAAAGGAGCGUUCGUUGGAUUCGUGAAACAGGGCUCGACUGAUGUGAAAGUGGUUCCUAAUCACAUCAACAUCAUAGACUGGCGCAGUAGUACGAACAAGAGAGUGAUCGAGUCCAGUUUUGCGGGAGAGACGCAUGCUGCUCUGAUGGCGCUCGGCAUGGGACAUUUCUGUCAGGUGUUAAUGUGUGAGCUUCGUUAUGGGUCUCAGAUUGUGAGUAGUGUCGAUGAUGAUGGUUGGUGCGAUUUAAUGCCUAUGACUGUUGUUACCGAUUGUAAAUCUAUUUAUGACACGGUCCAUAAGGAUGGGCAGCACAUAUCUGACAAGUCGAGUGUGAUCCAUGCAGUGCUUCUCCGUCAGAUGCUUUCCACGCGGGGCGCAUCAGGUAAAGCCAGACUCCUUUGGGUUCCCACUAGGCAUCAACUGGCUGAUGGUUUGACGAAGGGUGCUAGAUCAAAGGAUGUCAGGGAACAAAUCCGGUGCGGCGUGGUUUUUAAAGAAGAAGCUGCCAAGCGGAAGUGCUCAGAUCCAAAAGAGAUUUUGGUCAGUGUCGAUUUGGCUUAG